GAACUCAAGCAACUCCACCACUUUCAGCUAUAGCAAUGGACGACCUCUUCGGUUCAGACGAUGAUCAACAGUCAGAACUUAAUGAUACCCCAUCACCGCAGCAAUCACACUCUCACUCAGAAGUUAGGACAAAUACUGAGAAUACGGAACAAAAUGCCUCCUCACAUGACGCUGGUCUAGAUGAUUUAUUUGGAAGCGAAGAGGAAAACGACGAGUCAGACAAAGAUGAACCUGUGCGUAAGCGCCGAUUAUUGUCGCGUCCAAAGCAGUCAGAAUCAGACAAUGAAGACGAAGAAAGACAGCAAGGAUACAGUCAAGAAGACGCUGAAAAUCAAGACGACGAUGCUAAAUUUUUGAAAAGGCAGCGCAUAGAAGUGGAAUUGACAAUGCCAGAGUUGCCUCUACCUGUCAGCAAAGAUGGCAAGUUCCAUUUAGCGAAGCUACCAAAGUUUUUGAAUAUUGAACCAACUUCAUUCAGCCCUGAAACAUAUGAUGCUUCGAUUUCAAACGCUGUUGGUGAUAUGACAUCCCAGGAACUCAUUCGACGGCAGGUGGAGAGCACCAUACGAUGGCGAAAAAUUGUAGAUGAACGGGGCAAUUUGUCAACUGAGUCGAAUGCUAGACUAGUUGAAUGGGAGGAUGGAAGUAUGUCGCUAGUACUUGGAUCCGAAUAUUUCGACGUUAACGUAAAAGCUAUGUCAAGCGAAGAGCAUCAUUAUUUAUUAGCGCAUCAGACGUCAAGUGGUAUUCUGGAGAGUCAUCUCAAAUUCACCAACAACAUGUCUUUCCGCCCCAGUGACUUGAAGAGCGACACCCAUCGAAACUUAACUGCACAAAUUGCCGAUAAACACGUACGAAAAACUCGAACAAAGAUGUUCAUGACGGAGCAAGAUCCGGAACGUGUUAAGCAUGAAGCAGAGAUGCGGGAGCAAGAACGAUUACGAGCACAGCGCAAGCUAGAAAGCUCUAGACGCCGUGCUGAAGAUCGGUACGCGUAUGACCGGCCACUACGCUAUGAUUACGAUGAAGAGGAGACAGAAAGAUAUGGCGGUCGCGACGAAUAUGACGAAGACUUUGUGGUGGAUGACGACAUUGUAGAAGAGGAAGAGGAAGAAAAAGAAAGGCAGAGAGAAGAACGCCUUUCAAAACUUAAGAAAUCAGGAAUGGACCGAUAUCGUCAAAAGCGACGUGAUGAUGAAGACGAAGACGAGGAGGAAGAAGAGGAAGAGGACGAGGAUUUCGAUGAUGAUGAAGGUGAUGUUACACCUGACGAAGAGGACCGAAUAUCAUCAAGGAAAGUCAAGCGAAGACAGGUGUUGUCUGACGAAGAAGACGAGUAAGCAACAGCAAUUUAGUAUCGCGCAGGGGUAAUCUCAUUAUCACACGUUAUCCCUAUUCCUCAGGGGUGGUGCACUCUCAACCUAACUCUACUCCUUGUAAAUCAGAAAGCUGUAAUAAAAACAGACCUUUUUUUAACGUCGUCAAUGAAACAG